GAGACGCUGCUGGCGGAGUGCACCCACGGGGAGAUGAUUCCUCAUGAAGAGCCUGGAUCCCCCACAGACAUCAAAUGUGACUUUCCGUUUAUCAGACUGAAGCCGGAGCCCGCCAGCCAGUGAGACAGCCACCGUGGAGGGGGGACGGCGAAAGAUGAAAUCCAACCAGGAGCGGAGCAAUGAAUGCCUACCUCCCAAGAAACGCGAGAUCCCCGCCACCAGCCGGCCCUCGGAGGAGAAGUCCCCGGUGCUGCCCACCGACAACCACCGGGCAGAGGGCCUGGCUUGGCUCUCCAGCCACCCAGGAGGCCACGGCGGGGGCGGUGGCCGACACGGGCCAGCGGGGACCUCGGGGGAGCAGGGUUUACAGCAGGGAAUAGGUUUACACAAAUCGUUGUCCACAGGGCUGGACUACUCCCCGCCCAGCGCCCCUCGCUCAGUCCCGGCUACCACCACGCUCCCCACGGUGUACCCGCCCCCGCCAUCAGGGACGCCCGUCUCCCCAGUGCAGUACGCCCACCUACCCCACACCUUCCAGUUCAUUGGGUCCUCCCAGUACAGCGGGCCCUACGCCGGCUUCAUCCCCACCAGUGCGGUGGCCUCGGCCGCCAUGGCCACCACUCCAUCCCAGCGCUCCCAGCUGGAGGCCUAUUCCACGCUGCUGGCCAACAUGGGCAGCCUGAGCCAGGCCUCGGGGCACAGAGUGGAGCCGCCGCCCCCACCGCCCCCACAGCAGCACUUGGGCAGGACUCCAGGGCUCCUGAGCGCAGGGUCCCCUCCACCGGCCCCGCAGAACCAGUACAUCCACAUUUCCAGCUCCCCGCAGAGCUCGGGGCGCACGGCCUCGCCACCCGCCCUCCCCCUCCACCUGCACCCCCACCAGACGAUGAUCCCGCACACGCUCACCCUGGGGCCCUCCUCUCAGGUGGUCUUGCAGUACUCGGAUGCCGGCAGCCACUACGUCCCUCGGGAGUCCAAGAAGGCGGAGAGCAGCCGGCUGCAGCAGGCCCUGCAGGCCAAAGAAAUUCUCAAUGGAGAGAUGGAGAAGAGCCGGCGGUAUGGGGGCCCCUCCUCGGCCGACCUGGGGCUGCUGAAGGCCGGCGGGAAGGCGUCGGCCCACCCCUAUGAGUCCAGGCAUAUGAUGGUCCACCCGAGCCCCACCGACUACAGCACUCGGGACGUGUCCGGGGUCCGGGCCUCUGUGAUGGUCCUGCCCAACAGUAGCACGCCCGCCUCGGAUCUGGAGGUGCAGCAGGUCACCCACCGGGAGGCGUCCCCCUCCACCCUCAACGACAAGAGUGGCCUGCACUUAGGGAAGGCCGGCCACAGGUCCUAUGCACUGUCUCCGCAGCAGGCGCUGGGCCCCGAGGGCGUGAAGGCCGCUGUCGCCACCCUGUCCCCCCACACGGUCAUCCAGACAACGCACAACGCCUCCGAGCCACUCCCCGUGGGGCUGCCGGCCACAGCCUUCUAUGCUGGGACCCAGCCCCCGGUCAUCGGCUACCUGAGCAGCCAGCAGCAAGCGAUCACCUACGCCGGCAGCCUGCCCCAGCACCUGGUGAUCCCCGGCACCCAGCCCCUGCUCAUCCCCGUCGGCAGCGCGGACAUGGACUCAUCCGGGGCUGCCUCCGCCAUCGUCACAUCGUCACCCCAGUUCGCUGCAGUGCCUCACGCCUUCGUCACCACCGCCAUUCCCAAAAGCGAGAACUUCAACCCCGAGGCCCUGGCGGCGCCCACCGCCUACCCGGCCAUGGUGCAGGCCCAGAUCCACCUGCCAGUGGUGCAGUCGGUCGCCUCGCCGUCGGCGGCACCCCCGACACUGCCCCCCUACUUCAUGAAAGGCUCCAUCAUCCAGCUGGCCAACGGGGAGCUCAAGAAGGUAGAGGACCUGAAGACGGAAGACUUCAUCCAGAGCGCCGAGAUCAGCAACGACCUGAAAAUCGACUCCAGCACCGUCGAGAGGAUCGAAGACGGCCACAGCCAGGGCGUGGCUGUCAUCCAGUUUGCCGUGGGCGAGCACCGAGCGCAGGUCAGCGUGGAGGUCCUGGUGGAGUACCCUUUCUUUGUGUUUGGGCAGGGCUGGUCGUCCUGCUGUCCUGAGCGAACCAGCCAGCUCUUCGAUUUGCCGUGCUCCAAACUCACCGUGGGGGAUGUCUGCAUCUCGCUUACGCUCAAGAACCUGAAGAAUGGCUCUGUUAAAAAGGGCCAGCCCGUGGAUCCGGCCAGCGUCUUGCUGAAGCACGCCAAGCACGACAGCCUUGCGGCCGUCAGACACCGGUACGCCGAGCAGGAAAACGGAAUUCAUCAGGGAAGCGCCGCGAUGCUCUCGGAGAACGGAGAACUGAAGUUUCCAGAAAAAAUCGGAUUGCCCACAGCGCCCUUGCUCACCAAAAUUGAACCCUGUAAGCCCUCGGCGACCAGGAAGAGGAGGUGGUCCGCGCCGGAGACCCGCAAACUGGAGAGGCCAGAAGACGAGCCACCUUUGACUCUUCCUAAGCCUUCUCUAAUUCCUCAGGAGGUUAAGAUUUGCAUUGAAGGCCGGUCAAACUUAGGCAAGUAAAGGCCUCCUGUGGGGGAGGGGUAGGAAAGCUGGCCCUCCCUGGUUGGUUUUUAUCCAGAUUACUGUACUGUAGGCUAUAUAACACAGUAUUUACAUGUUAUCCUCUUACUUUAGGUUUAUGUUAUAACCUUGUCAUUAGAGUUACAGCUGGUGUUUUGCAGGAGGCUGGUGCAUAUGCUUUUUCCACGCGUGUUUGUUGGCAAGGUGGCCUGCUGGGGUCCGGCUGCCCAGGCCCCCCCAGUGUCCUGGUAGGAUCCAAGGGGACGUCACAGCCCCUGCCUGUGGCCGCAGCACAGACACAGCUCCAACUCCGGCCAGCUGGUGUUGGGGG